GAGAGAGAAAGAGUUGUACUUACUUGUUAGAGAGAGAAACCUAGAGAGAGAGAGAGUUACAUUUGUGUGUGGUUCGAAAUGCGUGUGCAGAUAGAGGGAGGGAAUUGGUGCUCCGUCGCGCGUUCCGGGAAGCCGGCCCCUGUUUCCAAGCGUUGGAAGAGGCCGGCCAUGGCGACUCCACCCUGCUACUGCAAUUAUAUUAACAAUUACAAUCAUACCUUCGACCUUUACCAUUCUCUCUCUCCUCCCCUCUCUCCCUCUCUAAGCAUACUCCUCGUUAGUGGGCGGAGAUUUCGUGGCAAAUGGAGUUUAGGGGUUGGGCGCCAUGGAAUCAGGUCCUCGUCUUCGUCUCUCACUGCAAGAGCAGCUGCUGCCAUUGUUGCAGACAAACUGCAAACUCCCGAAGCUCCAGUUGUUUCUCGUAGAGGUGUUGAGAAUUUGGUAAUAAUUGGCUCUGGUCCUGCUGGUUACACGGCAGCAAUAUAUGCAGCUCGUGCAAAUUUGAAGCCUCUUGUAUUUGAGGGAUAUCAAGUAGGUGGUGUCCCUGGAGGCCAAUUGAUGACUACCACAGAAGUUGAGAAUUUCCCUGGUUUUCCCGAUGGCAUUAGUGGACCAGAUUUGAUGGAUAGUGACGUUAUAUUGAAUAGGAUGCGUCGGCAAGCUGAGCGCUGGGGUGCUGAACUUUUUCAGGAGGAUGUCGAAUACCUUGACUGUAAGAGCAGCCCUUUCACAAUAAGGAGCAGUGAACGUGAGGUAAAAUGCCAUACUCUUAUAUAUGCCACUGGGGCCACUGCAAGGAGGCUAAGAUUGCCUCGUGAAGAUGAGUUCUGGAGCAGAGGAAUAAGUGCCUGUGCAAUAUGCGAUGGGGCAUCUCCACUCUUUAAGGGGCAAGUGCUUGCAGUGGUUGGAGGUGGUGAUACAGCUACAGAGGAAGCAUUGUAUCUCACCAAGUAUGCUCGUCAUGUACACUUACUAGUUCGUGGAGACCACUUACGUGCAUCCAAAGCAAUGCAAGAUAGAAUUUACAACAAUCCGAAUAUUGCGUUGCACUUCAACACGGAAGCUGUGGAUGUUGUUAGCAAUAGCAAAGGCCAGAUGUCUGGUAUUCUACUGAAGAAGACUGAUACAGGGGAACAAUCUGUCCUGGAGGUUAGGGGCCUAUUCUAUGGUAUUGGCCAUUCACCUAGCAGCCAGUUGUUGCAAGGACAAGUUGAACUUGAUAGCUCUGGUUAUGUGGUUGUAGAAGAGGGAACGGCAAAAACUUCAGUUGAAGGUGUCUUUGCAGCUGGGGAUGUGCAGGACCAUGAAUGGAGACAAGCCAUAACUGCAGCUGGCUCUGGCUGUGUGGCUGCUUUGUCUGUCGAGAGAUAUCUUGUGACGAAUGAUCUCCUGGUUGAAUUUCAUCAGCCCCAACUGCAAGAACAAAAGAAAGACAUUUCAGACAGAGAUGUAGAAAUGGGCUUUGACAUUAUGCUCACCAAACACAAGGGUCAGUAUGCACUAAGAAAAUUGUACCAUGAAAGUCCAAGACUUAUAUGUGUCCUCUAUACAGCACCAACAUGUGGCCCUUGUAGGACACUAAAGCCCAUUCUGAGUAAGGAAACAUGAGGACUUGUACAAUAAAUUUUCACGAGGAAAGAUCUCUCUAGCCCAUGAGUUUAUUGAGAGCCUUGAUCUGCAAAAGUUCAGUGGAAGUUGAGGACAUUGACUUUUUAUCAAAUAGGAAGUUCAACAAUGUUUUGCCAUAAUCUUAUUUGGAUGAGUAUGUAACACCUUGUAAUAUUUGGAGAAAUGUUGGUACUAGACAAGAUGCAUUCUCUUUUUCAGUUGAAAAUUUGGAUGUGUCCCCUAAUGAUAGGAAUACACCUCAUAGGAUGCUAAUGGAUUUUCCAAGAUAAAAACAAACAGAUGGGUCUUCUGUAAUUCGUUAGCUCUUAGGGGAUCAUCUUUGGUCACAUCUCACUGACUACAUGCAGAUGAAGUUGAUGACGAGAGUUCGUUGACUUAUCCUACAAAAUAUAGAUGCAUCACAGGGAUCCAUCGGUACAUUACUUUUGCUGGAAUAGAUAUCAAUUAUGCAUGAAUUCUCCAAGAACAUCCAAUUUGGAUGGAACAAAAAGCAUAUCCUUUGAUAUCUCAGUUAUAAAGUGGUUGCAUUUACUUUAUCUGUUAGAGCUGCAGAAGCGACAUGUAGUGGCAUGAUCUGCCAUCAAUUGCCUAUUCCUCAGAAGGCAUGCCCCAUGGUCUUCUAAUUGUCGGGUUUGAUGCUGAAAAGAAAGGACUUGCCUAUGUGGCAUGAAUCAUUUAUCUAUCUUGAGUUACUCUUAUGAAAUGGAAACUGAAGCAAUAAAAAAGGUGUAUUUUAUUUGUCUUCUCUUUGAAUCUUAUUGACAUGAGCUAAAGCUCAGGAAAUUCAGUAAGUCUGUGUAC